AGUACACAAAAUGUCGGGAGGACCGGCAGAGUUAGACCUGCGGUGAGAGAGUUAUUGGAAGAAAAACCCCAACUGGAAGGAAACCACGACUGUAGACGAGGGAACAGCAACAAGUGAACCUGCCCGAGGACUGAGAGCAUCAACUGGAGAGAAACCCUUCUGACUCGGAGAUUCCAGUGAUUCAGUCAGGAGAAAGUUUGGGACCCUGCAGUAUUGUGUCCAGCUCCUCGUGCUAUAGCCAAAUUGAUUGGUGGAUUCCUGGCUACUCCAUAGGAGAGAAAAGUGAUCAUCCAGAAUCGCUCAGUUGUUCCUCUCCGCUGCCGUGCACCUGUUAAAAAUGAAAGGAAUUUGUCUACGGGAAUCUCAAACAGAUCACGUCAGGUUUGCUGUCUCUAUCCAGAUAUUUAAGAGGAGGAGCAAGGGAUUCAUUCAACCUUCCUUCCUGCUCAGACUGUGUGGAGGGAUUCAUUUGCUCAUCUGACCGACUGGCACACCCGUUAUUUUACACAAGAGAGAGUCCGUUCAUAUUCUCAGACUGUGGGAAGGGAUUCACUCGGUCAUCUCAACUGAAGGAACAUCAGAGAGUUCACACUGGGCAAGGCCAUUCACCUGUUCUGUGGGUGAGAAGGGAUUCAGUCACUCUUCCCAGCUGUGGACACACCAGUUAUUUCACACUGGGCAGAGGCUGGUCAUCUGCUGAAUUUGUGGGGAAGGAUUCACUCGGUCAUCUGAUCUAAUGGCUCAUCAGCGAGUUCGCACUGGGGAGAGGCCAUUCACCUGCUUGGACUGUGGGAAGGGAUUCACAUACUCAUCUAAACUGAAGGAACACCAGCGAGUUCACACUGGAGAGAAGCCGUUCACCUGCUCAGUCUGCGGGAAGAGAUUCACUCGUUCAUCCACCCUAAUGGCACACCGGCGAGUUCACACCGGGGAGCGGCCGUUCACCUGCUCGGACAGUGGGAAGGGAUUCACUUGGUCAUCGGACCUACUGGUACACCAGCGAGUUCACACUGGAGAGAGGCCGUUCACCUGCUCAGACUGCGGGAAGGGAUUCACUUGUUCAUCCCAACUGAAGGUACAUCAGAGAGUUCACACUGGGGAGAGGCCGUUCACCUGCUCAGAGUGUGGGAAGAGAUUCACUCGGUCAUCUGAACUACUGGUACACAAGUCAGUUCACACUGGGGUCAGGCUGUUCACCUGCUCGGACUGCGGGAAGGGAUUCACUCGGUCAUCCACCCUAAUGGCACACCAGCGAUUUCACACCGGGGAGCGGCCAUUCACGUGCUCAGACUGUGGAAAGGGAUUCCCUUGCUCAUCUAACCUGAAGGAGCAUCAGCGAAUUCACACUGGAGAGAGGCCGUUCUCUUGCUCAGACUGUGGGAAGGCAUUCAUUUCGUCAUCUAAACUGAAGGUACAUCAGCGAAUUCACACUGGGGAGAGGCCAUUCACCUGCUCAGACUGCGGGAAGGGAUUCACUCGGUCAUCCAAACAACUGGUACACCAGCGAAUUCACACUGGGGAGAAGCCGUUCAACUGUUCAGUCUGUGGGAUGAGAUUCAGUCAGUCAUCCACCCUACAGAGACAUCAGCGAGUUCACACUGGGGAGAAGUCGUUCACCUGCUCAGUCUGUGGGAGGAGAUUCACUCGGUCAUCCCACCUACUAAGUCAUCAGCGAGUUCACACGGGAGAGACUGUUCACCUGCUGUGAAUGUGGGAAAGAAUUCAUAUGGUCAUCUUGACUACAGAAACACCAGCAAGUUCACACCAGUGGUAGAGGCUGUUCACCUGCUCAGACACUGGGAGGAGUUUCUCUCAGCCUUCUCAAUCAAAUGUGCAUGAUUGAGUUCAGGCUGGGUACAGGCCGUUCACCUGCUGUGAAUGUGGGAAGGGAUUCACUCAGUAACCUAACCUUGUGACACACUACUGGAUUCACACUGGGGAGAAAGUUUCAGUAAGCUUCAUGCUGGAGAUUUGUCCGUCACCAUUGCUGAAUGCAAUUUCAAGAGUGACUAUCGGUGCUGAACUCUGCAAUUAUUGCUGCUGCUCACCACAUCCAGUUCUUCACACUGGUCACUGGGUGACUGGGAGGAGUUUCUUCUGGAUAUUCACCUUUAAUGGGACUAGAGUUUACAU